CAAUGAAGUUCCCACAAUUCAGGGAUGUCGGCGAGACAACUUUCUCGACUAACCGAUACAGGGACAACACCAUACCAUUUCUGGCUGAUUCUUUGGGCCCCUGGUGAUGCCCUUCCAAUCAGUCUCAGCCUUACGACCAUACUCCCACCAGAAGCCAAAUACUUAGGUUAGGUCUCUCAUGAGGCGCUGAACCGGUCCAAAAUAAUCCGUCUGACCCCUACUCGGCAUAGUCUACGGUCAUGAUGACUGUCUCGUCGUCGAUGCGCAAAUCUUCAUCGCUGGGUUACUUCUUCCUUGGCUACCUCAAGGCGCUCACUAUUUAUUUAAUUGAAACACAAACUAUGUCAACUCCGUGCAACAUAUAGGCAGUAGAAAAAAAGAUCUUCAGGAUGGAUUUAAACCCAGUCUCCCGUGUCGCAGCCUAUCUCCGCGAACGAGGCCACAACUUCAAGGAGAAGAAGGACGUCGGCGCUUUUCUCACAGACGUGAAGAAGACAAAAUUACCUUUUAGCCCGAGUUUCCUGGCUAUCUUCCUUACUGGAUCGGACAGUAAUGAGGCGGUCAGAGAGUUCUCAGAGGGCGAGAUCAAUUUGACGCCAUGCAAUGCCGCAGACGGCGCACUUCUCCUGCGGCGAUUCCCACUCACAGCUCUCGGAUCGCAGUACAAGUCCGAAUAUAAGGACAGAGAAUAUCUAGUCAAUCAUCACAGCUCGUCUAGUAUUCUCAUUCCUCUGGUGUGCUGCGACAAGACCAAUCCCGAUCGUCUCUCGAUCGCGCAUCUACUUCUGAAGAACAAAGGCUUGGAUCCCGACGGAAGACUAUUUCAUUAUUCAGAAAUCCCGACGCGCAAUGUAUGGACGCCAAACCAGGAGGGACUCACCCCUUUGCACAUUGCUGCCAGCCGAGGAGAUUUGGAGAUGGUGCAGCUCCUGGUCUCCUUUGGAGCAAAAGCGAAGACUUGGCGUGACAGGCAUGGAAAGACACCUGAGCAGAGGGCAGCAGCCAACGGAUACGAGGAGGUAGUACAGUUUCUUCAAACAAAUCGCAUCCAGAAAAAUGUUGAAAAAGCAGACAGAACCACGAAGUCUGAUGUUUAUACAGGCACAGGCAGCAGGGCAACUAUAACUGCGGCAUCCAGAAGGAAAGUUGGACUGGCGCCCACGAUAGUGAGGGUGACCAAAAAGGGAAGUGUCCAGAAAUCGAUCAAAACCACAAGAAGAAACAAUUAGUAGCAUGGCCAUCAUGAUGUUCGAAAUGCUGAGACUGGAUCUAACUCGACUCAGCGAGGAAGUCGACUGAGAAUCGUUCCUACCGCCAGUAGCAUUCACUAACGUUAGCAUAUUACAAGUCAGUCGAACUACUUGGAAUGGUUCAGAUAAUCGACAAAGUUGCAAGGGAUGUCUCUCAUGCAUACUUGGGCUCACCCAUCACUCCAAAGGAGCAUUGGUUUUACCUUAUCCUUUGAUCCUGUUGAGAAUAUUUAGAAGGUGUAUCCCCAUCAUCUGUUCGACUUCAACGUCAAAGGCCGGAGAGUCUUGAACCAGAUGAUCCUUCCACACCUGCCGCGGGCGAGGAGAGCCUAUGUUAGCAAACGUUUCACUGUAAGCGUUAGGUGAAUAAAGAUGAACUAAACUACCUCUCA